AUAACAAGAUGUCGACUAAACACUCCUCAGUUGAAUUGAUGAUUGUAGAAGGUUUUGAACUGAGAAAAGUGAAGGCGCCGAGUGGUCGCCAAUACCUUUUUGGAAAUGUCAUCGAAAGUGGUAGAGAAGGUGUAAUUAAGGGGUGUUUUGUUAAUGAGGUAACGAGCGAAGCGGCUGUGGACCUCGUCAAAUUGAAGGCCGGUGACAAAAUCAUCAUAACGCACGUGGUGGGUAAGGGAGGCCCCAGUCUCCGUUUGCUAGCAAAUGCGACGGUGUUUUCUGAAGUCGUCGAUUUCGACGUAAACAAGGAAGCAGUGGACAGCUUUAUCAGGCCGAAAAGUGUUUCUGUCUCUGAGGCUCGGGGGAGCGCCCCAAAAAGAAGAAUGACAGUUGAAGGUGAUGUGAUCGAGGUAGGCCAACUUGUGGAGAGUGGAAGUUACAAAAGGCGGGUAAUAACGUUGAGACAGCUGGGUGAUGACGAUACUCAAUCGAUACCAAUAACCCUAUGGGGCGAGAGCGCUUCUCAGGAUGUAGCAGAAGGACUGUCUGUCCUGGUGACGGCCGUCAUUAGAGACGCCAAUGGUCUGCAGGGGUCGGUGUCCACGAAAAUUGAGAUGGUGAAAGAAAAAUGGGUAGAGGGAGAGGUGAUUGGCGUGAGAAAAACAAGCGUACCCAUGCGUAUCAUGAUGAAAAAUGGAAAUUGCAUCAAGAUCGCAGACGGCAUGGACGAAAAUCUCGUAUCCUCCCUCCUUGGAUUUCCAAUAAGGUAUAAAAUUGGGACAGAUGGGAUUGCUGUUGAGAUAGAAAAGUUGUAAUAUGUUUUUUUUAUAUUUCGUUAUAUAGUGCGUCCCACAAAAAAAAGAAUCCGAAAAAUUAUUGAU